UCUCUCUCUCUCUCUCUCUCUCUCUCUCUCUCUCUCUCUCUCUUUCUCUCUCCAAUGUCUGUCAUAUUCCACUUAUACGCAUCAUAAUGCCGGCAGCAGGAUUUAAUUAUUGGAUAGAAAAUACAGUAGGACUCUGUUAGAACGGGUUAUCCUCAACCUGUCCUUUAAUCUGGGACAUUAGAACGGACUGGAGUUAUUCCCAACCUGUCAUUCAAUCUGGGACAUUAGAACGGACUGGAGUUAUUCCCCACCCGUCAUUCGAUCUGAACUGGGACAUUAGAACGGACUGGAGUUAUUCCCCACCCGUCAUUCGAUCUGAACUGGGACAUUAGAACGGACUGGAGUUAUUCCCCACCCAUCAUUCGAUCUGAACUGGGACGUUAGGGAUUAGAAAGAUGCGAGGAGACAGUGUUCUUUUCAGCGUUAUUGACAUGGAAAACAAAAUCGUUUUGUGAACACCUCGUGUUGUGAUAUGGAUGUUUGCCGGCAGCGUGUGAUGGGGAGGUCCGUGAUGUCAUUAUGGGCUAUUGUGAUGUCAUUAUGGGCUAUUGUGAUGUCAUUAGGGGCUAUUGUGAUGUCAUUAUGGGCUAUUGUCAACCUGAGUCCCAGCUGCUCUGCUGUCGUCCUGGACUCCGUCUAUUGGAAUUCUUCAAAUCCCAAGUUCUCUCCUGGACAGGGGCUGGUCCUGUUCCCUCAGAUAGGGGAUAAAAUGGACAUUGUGUGUCCCCGGGUGAGGCCAGGGGUGGUGGAGAACAAGGAACCGGAGUACUACCGCGUGUACCUGGUGACCCGGGAACAACUCCACAGCUGCAGCAUCAGCCAAUCGGACACCCCGUUACUCAACUGUGACAAGCCGGACAGAGACGUGAAGUUCACCUUCAAGUUCCAGGAGUUCAGCCCUAAUCUCUGGGGCCUGGAGUUUUUCAAGGGAAGGGAAUACUAUAUCACCUCGACCUCCACCAGCUCUCUACAGGGCAUGGACAACACUGAUGGAGGAGUGUGUAGAGCCACAUCCAUGAAGCUGGUACUGAGAGUAGGACAGAGUUCCUCCAAACCCCUUCCUCUCCCUGAAGAGUCUCCCACCAGGUUCGCCCCUCAGCACCCCGAGGCCCCAGACAACGAGCUUCCCAUUAAAGACAAUGAUGUGACGAACAACGCUGGAGACAUUGACACAGAAGGCGGAUCCAUCGGCUCUGAGGUCGGACUCUUCGUUGGCGUGGCCUGUGGCAUCGUCCUCCUCCUAUUGGUCAUCGUGGUCCUACUGAUGGUGGUGUGGCGGUACCACAGACGCCACGCCACGCCGGACAGGGACGUCCAACAGUCUCUGUCCCUCAACACCCUGGCCACGCCCAAGAGAGACAGCUACGGAGGGAGUAGCGAGGACAUCCGGUCAGAGCCCAGCCACGCGGUGUUUCCUCCGAGGCCCUCUGACUCCGUGUUCUGUAGGCACCAUGAGAGGGUCAGUGGAGACUACAGACAUCCUGUUUAUAUGGUACAGGAGAUGCCUCCACAGAGUCCUACUAAUAUAUACUACAAGGUCUGAGGGACCUGUGGGUCUUCUCACAGGGGCCAAGGACCAAUGGAAUGAAUGAGGAGUUGUUCAGUCCCCCAAUGAGGAAGAGACGUCCUCACUGGGUGCUUUAUGAAGUCAGUGGGCCAAGGACCAAUGGAAUG